CAAUACUUUUCAUCAGAUGAUCCAUGGUUGACCAAGUUUAUCAUGGCUGAAAGUGCUGAUGAAGAAGCAUAAUGUGAAGACUAUUAGGGUGUCGUUUAGUCUUCCCCUACGGCCGUGUAGGUGGUUUGGUAGAGUCUUGAGUGAGUGAUGGGGUCUCAGAGUGUGGAAAUAUUGCGCCAAGGAAUAUGGGCGUCGCUCACUGGAGGCUGGUUCUACGACCCACAUCAGGAUGUCUUCUGCAACACCUUCCACCUGUAUUUAUGGCUGUACCUGGUGUGCGCGCCUUUCUCCAUAUACCUGUACUGUGGAUGGUCGGUGGCAGGGUGGCUGGCCCACCUUGUGCUGCUAUCGAUGGUAGUGGUAGGCAUCAAGGUUAUGAACCACCUCCUCCACCACAUGUUUGACACAACUGACUGUCUGGAAGAGGAACUCACACCUGCUGUUCCUGCUGCCACGAACAACGAUGUCUCUACACCCGUCCACUAUCCAAAUUCGGCUGCACCAGCUCAACAGAUGAGCCAGUCUUUUGAAGCAAUAGAGAUGCAAGUGGUGAGCAGUAAGGGUGGUGAAAGUGAGACCCCUCCAGUAGGUUGCAGCUCGCGCAAUUCCAUCAUGGAAGCCCCCGGCACCCACUCCACCCAGCCUCCAGCAACCAUAGACUUGAAGGCAGAUGUGCACCACAAAGACAGCUCUGGGAGUGAAGAGGGAGCCAAGUGUGAAGGUGCGGCUUUGCCUGCCGCAGUCCGAGACGCCCCAGAUGCCACAGGACGAGAGAAGAGGUUUAGAGAGGGUGGCAACAGUGUGGGAGCCGGACCAUCGAGCAACAGCCGGGGUCUUUGCGUCUCGGAGGGCACAUUGGCAAGUGUCUCCGAGAUAACAGAAUCCCUCAAUCAUCCCAUUAUUGCUAAACACUCCCAGUCUCUUGGUUGGUGUGGUGGAGAAGAAGGCUGUGCAUCUACUAGCAGCACCAACAAAAGUGGUAACAGCAGCACGCACAGCACUAACAGUAGGGGCCAUAAACGUUUGAGGCGGAAUGCAGCAUCCUCUGGAUCCAUCACCACAACUUCUCUCUGUGAUGCUCAUUCUGUUGACAUUGUAUAUUCCAAAUGUGCCAAAGGAGAGAAGGCAAGCGGCGUCCAUUAUCGUGCCGGUAUGCACCAUGGGAGCACCUCGCUGGGGCUGGAAGGUGGGUCUGGAACAGCUGCUGCAUCCUCUACUGCGCCUUCUCCUACCUCCCUGCCCUCUGCCGCUGAGCCACCUUCACAUCCAGUCAGCCUUGAGGUAAUCAUAGGCGAUGACGCGAGCAGAAGGCAGCACCAGCACCAUCGUCACCACCACAGCAGACAUCACCAUCAUCAACCGCACCACCGCUUCCAUCAGCACCCUCCCCACCACCACAACCGCAAGAUGUCUCUGGCACCUCCGGCUUGUAGCCGGGAACCAAGUAACAUAUCUGUCAUCGAGGAGAGAAACAACAGCUGUGAUACAAACACUGGGGGCUGCUGUGCUGUCAACAGUGAGGGUGAAACGGAUGAAGAGGGCCCUAACAAAGGCUCCCACUCGCCUCUGUUGACACGACAUCAGAGUCUGGAAGGGAAGAGUUCGGGGGGACGCAGAGUUCGCUCCGGCAACUCGAGGCUGGCACCCACCCCUCGGAAUUCCGGUCGUGCGUACCAGCCUCUGGUGUUUCGUAGCAGCUCUGCCAUAGCAAAAUUUCGAGAUAAAACGAAAGUAGAAGGGGACAAUUAUAAAGUGUGCACGCUCACGUUUGAAAAUAUUUAUGCAGAUGAUGAGAGUAGUUCAGAUACAUUAAGUGUUGUGAAACUGUCCAGCAGCUCUGAUGAAACACUAAGUAGUGUAGCAGAUCAGUUAAGUCUACAUAGACAGUCUUUAGGUAAUCUUGACUGUGAUAAUGUAAACUCUAAGUGCAGUGGAAAUGGGAACUGUGGUGAAUCUGUGGAAGACGAGGAAAAUAAGGAUGAAAACUCUCACCAUAGAAGUAGAGAGGAAGUUGUUGUAGAUUUAGAAGAUGCUCCUACCAUUCCACAACAUGCUGGAGAAGAUACCUCAGUAGUGAUUGAUGAACAUAGGACACAAAGUAUGAGAAAUUCAAAUGAACUACUUGUAAGUGAUACUAUUGAGAGUAGGUCAUCUAGUCCAGGUUUAGACUGGCUCUUUUCACACAGUGAUUCAGAUUCUGAAUUUGCUGAUGUCGCUCGUGCUCCCGGUGAACGCAGUGACCAGAGAAGGCGCUCUUCUCAACAAAGUGAUGAGGAUAGCUGGAAUAUUAUUUGGUCCUCGCCAGAAAGUCCUACUGAAACAUGCGCUAUUUCUUAUCCACAUCCUGCCACCCAGUGUGCUACAUCUUGUCAGGGGGCCAUUCCUAAGAAACGGAGACAAGGUGUAGUUGUAGAAGAGGUAGAAUCUAAUGGAGGAGGUGAUCGAGGAAGCAGAGAAGCGUCUGUUACUAUGGAAGACCUGGUUAGACGACUACUAGACAUCCUAAACAGUUCUCUACAUGAUCCUCAGCAGUGUCAUCGGGAUAUUCAAAAACUUGUGGUUCUAAAACAAAGGUUAGAACAGGAAGGGGGUAUUGGGGAAGCUAUCAAAGGUGGACAGGGGUCACUGACUAGCCCGGGGACCUCAGAAAAUGCGACACAAAGUAACAAACCUGUUGAGAAGCCGGUAGAAUCACACUUGUACAGGAAGCCAGCGGUUCGUCGGAGAAGACAUGUAGCAGGAAAUGCAACAUCACCACCCACCUCUCCCAGUGACCCUCCCGAUAUUUCUUCGUUACUCACUACUACGUUAACUACUUCUCUCACCACCACCUUCACCACCAGCCUCACCACUACCCUCUCACCAGCAUAUCAACAAACCCACAGGAACCAUUUAUCACAAAGGUCUAGUGAUUUUCCACUUCGAGCAAGGAAUACAGGGGAAGGUGAAGAUGAAAGCAAGCUGCGCCGAACUACGGUUGAAAAGAAGUUUGAAGGUGGAGGAAGUACGUCUAUAUUUUCUGGCAGUUCGUCAUUAGCAGAUGGUGGCCCUCCCCUGUCUGCACUGUCUUCAUUAUCUUCCCCUGGAACUCAUCUUGCAGUGUCUCAUGAGGACACAAGUGAUGGAGCUGUCCACUGUUUUCAAGAUGAAAGAGGAAACUGGUUUACUUAUACAUUUAAUGACAGAGGAGUGAGCACAGCUUCUAGUGUCGUGCCCGUGAGUGACAACAAAGUUUUGACAAAGCUCUUGCGACGAACAAGCAACAGCCUUCAGGGGCCUAGUCAGAACAGUUGUAAUCAAAGCACCCCUGGAGGACUGACGCGGGGUGAUGGCUCACUCAGCAGCUCCUCCAUGUCUCUUUGCUCAGGUCUUACUGUUAUUCUAGAUAACCAUUUUCCACCUGCUUCCCUGCCAUCUGCCUGGCCAGAGAUAUGCAAGGCACCUAGUUUGGUGUCGCCUAUAUCUAAUCCAGCCAAUAGUUCAGCGGUAGUGCCAGUGACGUCAGGUGUACGUAGAAGAGGGUCUUCUCCCCCUGUUUCAAAUGCUGCUGUUAGUUUAAGAGAUCAAGAUAGAAGCAACCAAGAUGGCUCCAGUGACCCUGAUCCAAUACCCAGAGUAACGGUGGGCCCCAGAAGUGGUCGGGAUCUGCCUCUGUUGUCUUCUGAAACACGUCAUCAUUUGCAACUUCUAAGUAUAGGGGCACCUCAUAAUCCCCUACAGCUAUUCACAAAUGCAUUAUUUGAGCGUAGACGCUCCAGCAACCGUCCGGGCACAGUUGCAGGUUCCAUCAUUACCUCCGAGGCCUUUGAAAACAUUAGUUUGCCUCAGGGGCUUGACAUGGAUGUAGACCUUGGACUGUCGUCAAACAAACUCAAGUUUCCUGUUACAGUACCACAAACUAUACAAUAUUACAAAUUUAGAGUUUGCGGAAAAAAAUCUAUUAAGAUAAAGUUUGACAGACUCUUUUUAUUAGCUUUAUUAGACAGAAAUGUUACAAUAUUAGAAAAUCUGAUCUGUAUUUUUCUUGCCAUUUUUGUAAGCAUUUUAGGAUGUAUGAUUCUCCAGAAGGAAUUCUACCAGGAAUUAAAUGUUUUUAUUUUUUGUCUUGUAAUGGCAAGCUGUCAAUAUUCUUUAUUCAAGAGUGUACAACCAGAUGCAGCAUCUCCCACCCAUGGCUACAAUCGUGUUGUUCUUUACAGCAGACCAGUGUACUUCAUUAUAUGUUGCAGCAUCAUACUUCUUAUACAACUAUACUUAGAUACCAGCCAUGCAUGGCCAAAAUUUAUCCUCUAUGGAAUUGACUUUACCAAUCGAGUGAUGUUGAAACAGUGUAGAGACUUAUUAUUGCUAUUUAUGCUGUUUUUUCCUCUUAUCUUCAGCUUGGGGCUCCUGCCUCAGGUGAAUACCUUCCUAAUGUACCUUUUAGAACAGACAGACAUCCACAUAUUUGGUGGUAAUGCAACCACCAGCCUUACCUCAGCUCUGUAUUGUGUGGGUCGUUCAGUUCUCACGGUGCUCUUCCUGUUUGGUUUUGCAUAUGGUGGACUUCGAGAGCAAGUGGCUCAAACUCAGCAUAUUCUGUAUUCCAUAUUCUGUGGUCUGAAUGUUGCUUUCAGCUAUCACCUAAGUCGCUCGGCAUCAGAUCCCACCACACUCUGGCGCUUGAUCCAGCAACACAUGUGGCCAGAAGAACUGCGGCGAGAGACGAACACCAGCAAUCCUCAGCCUCCGCAAGAAGCAGAUGAACUCACCGAUCCACUUCCGGAAAAGUUGCGCAACACCGUUCAUUCUCGCUUGGUGCACGAUGCCAUCAUUUGUACUGUGAUGGCUGUGGCAGUGUUUGCUGUGCACUCUAGUACUGUGUUCACAGUGCUCUUAGAUGGUGAGAGCCCUGAUCUUUUCACAGCACUUUGGAUAUUUGCCAGUCUGUUUGGUUUUUUUAACCACUAUGUAAUACCACAGUUAAGAAAGCAGUUACCAUGGUUGUGUGUGGCACAUCCUGUGUGUAGAACUCACGAGUACAGCCAAUUUGAAGUGUAUGAUGCUGCCAAAAUUAUGUGGUUUGAAAAAGUGUAUGUGUGGUUGUGUAUUUUAGAAAAGAAUAUUGUAUAUCCUGUACUAUUUCUCUGUGCCUUAACCAAAGAUGCACCUACACUGGUAGAAAGAUUUGGUCUCAACACUGGAACGUUGAUUACCGUGAUAUGUGGCGUCAAGUGUCUGCGUAGUGUAUAUUCACAGCCACAGUUUCAAUACCUCAUAUUGGCAUUUGCCAAGCUCUUUUUCAACUGGGAUUUUAAGGGGAAAUCUGAAACAUUUUUGGUGGACUACUUUGUGAUGGGGAUAAUUUUUACCAGAGUAUAUGAAUUUCUUCUAAAAAUGAAGUUUAUAGUGACAUACAUAGCUCCCUGGCAGAUCACCUGGGGAUCUGCUUUCCAUGCAUUUGCCCAGCCAUUCAGUGUGCCCCAUUCAGCCAUGUUGUUUGUACAAGCUGCAGUCUCUGCGAUCCUGUCCACACCACUCAACCCAAUCCUGGGCUCGGCCAUCUUCAUCACCUCCUACAUCCGCCCUAUUAAAUUUUGGGAGCGUGACUACAACACAAAACGGGUGGAUCACUCCAACACGCGGCUGUCAUCUCACCUUGAGCGGAAUCCAGGCUCGGAUGACAACAACCUCAACUCUAUAUUCUAUGAGCACCUUACACGAUCUCUUCAGCAUUCACUUUGUGGAGAUCUACAAAUGGGUCGUUGGGGAGCUGCAAGCCAGGGAGACUGCUUUGUUCUAGCAUCAGAUUAUCUCAAUUGUUUAGUCCACAUAAUUGAGCUCGGCAAUGGUCUUGUAACAUUCCAAAUGCGUGGACUAGAAUUCCGUGGUACUUAUUGUCAGCAGCGAGAAGUGGAGGCCAUUUCUGAGGGAGUGGAGGAAGAUGUGGGAUGUUGCUGUUGUGAGCCAGGACACCUGCCACACCUACUAAGUGCCAAUGCAGCCUUCAACCAGCGGUGGCUGGCCUGGGAGGUGACGGCCACCAAGUAUGUCUUGGAGGGCUACUCUAUCUCCGAUAACUCGGCUGCAUCCAUGCUGCAAAUCUUUGAACUUCGAAAGAUUCUCAUUACUUAUUAUGUGAAGAGCAUCAUCUUCUAUGUGGUACGCUCGGUAAAGCUCAAGGAGUGGUUGGAAAAGUCGGAAAUAGAUGCUUCCUUAUCUCAUACACGUGAUAAAAAAUUUGUGGAUCUAGAUCCCAUUUUUAACUUGAACAUAGAUGAAGACUAUGACUUUAAGGAGUCGGGCAUCACGAGGACAAGUUUCUGCAAUGUGUACCACGAGUGGAUUAUAUACUGUGUGACAAGGAGAGACAGGAACAACCAAGAACAGAUAGAGAGUAGCAGAGAGUCUCAGCUCAUAUCUCUGUGUUUAGCCCUCAGUCUCUUAGGAAGACGAGCUUUAGGAGCUGCCUCGCACAAUGCCAUGUCAAGCGUCGAUUUCUUCCUGCACGGUCUACACGCACUCUUUAAGGGUGACUUUCGCAUUACCUCUAUGAGGGAUGAGUGGGUCUUCUCAGAUAUGGAGUUGUUGAGGAAAGUGGUUGCCCCUGGUGUGAGGAUGAGUCUCAAGCUCCACCAGGAUCAUUUUAUGCUUCCUGAUGAAUACGACAACCACGAGUCCCUGUACAAUGCCAUUCUGGAGCACGAAGCCCACCUAGUCAUAUCUCACGAGGGCGACCCAACCUGGCGUAAUGCUGUGCUCUCUGGGAAGCCUUCCUUACUUGCCCUCAGGCAUGUUAUGGAUGAUGGUGCUGAUGAAUAUAAAAUAAUAAUGCUCAACAAAAGACACCUGUCCUUUCGAGUGAUUAAGGUGAACCGUGAGUGUGUGCGGGGUCUGUGGGCCGGCCAGCAGCAAGAAUUGGUGUAUCUACGGAAUAGGAAUCCUGAAAGAGGAUCGAUCCAAAAUGCCAAGCAGGCUCUACGUAAUAUCAUUAACUCUUCGUGUGAUCAGCCCAUUGGUUACCCUAUAUAUGUCUCCCCCUUAACGACUUCUUACGCUGACACCAACGAGCAGAUAAAAGGAGUUUGUGGCGGGCCCAUCAGUUUGACCCUCAUCAGAGAAACUAUUAUAAAUGUUUGGAAAAGAGUGCGGCAGAGGUGCGGUGAAGGUUGCUCCAGUGGCAGCUCUGGACUGAAUGACGAGUGUGGCCGAGCUGUUGACCCUCAUCAUGGCAACAUUCAACUUCACCAAGUUCUAACAACCGUUCCUGCAAGUUUAGGAUCUGGUGGCAGUCAAGAUGGCUCUCAGGUUGGAGGUCUUAGCUUGGUUACAGCUACAGGAAGCUUAGGCCAUGGAAGCCUGGGACGAGGUGGCUCACUUUCCCGUGGGUCGCUGCAUGCCAACCGUGGUUCAAUUGUGUCUACAGUUUCAUCGUUAGUAGGUCCUGCGAACAAACAGUCUACCUCCACACUGGCAAGUUUGGCUGGUCUUCUGUCUGACACUACAGCGGGUCUUACACGCUUGGAUCCUAGAGACAGAGACGGGUUGAGCGAGGGGUCGGCUAGUAGCAAAGAUAGAGACUGGAGUGGCCGUGACGUAUCUCUGCAUAGUGGGCGAGAUGGAGGAUCAAUACAUAGUGGGCGUGAGGGGUCACUUCACAGUGGUAGAGAAGGAUCCUUACAUAGUGGCAGAGACAUUUCUCUCCACAGCGGACGAGAGUGUUCCCUCCCAGGUGGGGAAAAGAGAGUUCGUCAAGGAAUAUCUGCCAGCAGCCGUAGCACUCCCACUUCAUCAAUGUCUACUCCAGCUCGGGACGUACCAUCAAAUCCCAUUGUGACAGGCUCCAGAGACUCUCACUUACGAGACGCAAGUUGGGAUGCUUCGAGCUUAAGAGAGGAUUGUGGCACUUUGCAUGAAGAGAGCGAAGAAAAAUUUACCACUCCUCCUCCAGACAAACACGUGCAGCGAGUUCGGAUAAUAGAUGCAAACCAAGUUUAUGACACCUUGAAUUUAGGUCGUCGUAUAGACGUGGUGUGGCCAGAUGAAGGGAUGCGUAAGAGAGGCGGAAGAAACUUCUGGGGCCACUGGGUGCCAGUGGAGGGUAUGGAGGGACCCAUCGUACACACCUGGACGCCACACCACCCGGACCCUCGCCUUCGAUCACACGUGGAUCGCAUCAUUCUUCUAGUUCAAAUUGAGGAUAAGUUUGUUCCUGUUGCCCAGAGUGCUGUGCAAGACCUUGGGGCAGAAGUCUAGACUGCAAUUAUCAUGUUACAUUUUGACUAUGGUGUAGUCACAGCCAGUUUUCUUGACAGUAAGUAACCUCCGAUUUCAUGUUGAAUGAUUCCAACAUGUAUGGAGAUUCGGUUAUUCAAUUUAAUAAAUUUUUAUUAAUUGUUAAUAUUAUAAAAACCUUUUAUAGUAUUUUUAAAAUUUUUAUAUGCUAGGGAAAGAUGACAAGCAUUUUCAUAAUAUAGUGUCAAGACUGGAGAGAAAUGCCUGUAUGGUAACUGGUAGUGAUGCAGAGGCAGCCCCAUAAUAUCGUACCUCGGCUCCCAUCUUUUAUGUGCUUCCGUGCAUAAUAUAAUUUUAUAAGUGAAGAACCCACUGCGCAAUAAAAGCUCUGAUGUUGUAUGGAAAUAUGAUGUGGAGUUUUGAAUAAUUAGGGUUUUGCACAAAGUAGAUACCAACAGAUUGAGCCAAAAUCACCGCUAAUCUGACUUCUUCACCCAUUUGUUACUGACCUCACUGGCAAUCUUCCUGGAAUACAAAUAAAAGUCAAAAGCUUUUGAAA